AACAUUCGAUUAUUAAACGAGUAAUUUGUAUACAAAUUUGUAUAAGUUUAACACACUAUAGGCACUUUUUAUUAGAAUGGGAGAUGCAGAGAAUGGAAGGCAGUUAUUUGUGAAAAUGUGUGCUGUCUGUCAUCCUAUUAGUAAAGAUGGAAAGCACAAAGUAGGUCCGAAUCUUCAGGGAAUAAUGGGCAGAACCUCUGGCACUGCUACUGGAUUCAACUACACCGAGUCGAUGAGAACCAAAGGCAUUGUAUGGGACGAGAAGAAUUUAAAUGAAUAUUUAGAGUUCCCUAGGCAAUUCAUUCCAGGCACAAGAAUGGUAUUCAAUGGAAUUAAGAAAGCGAAGGACCGCAGUGAUUUAAUAGCUUACUUAGCAACGUUGAAAUAAUUAAUUAUGUAUAUUUCUCGCACGGUCAUCUCGUACAGUAUUCAAAGUAUGCAUUAUCAGUAGAUUUAAAUUAAUAAAUCUGUAUAGUUAAAAAAUAGAAGAAAUUGUAAAAGUGUUUCCUCUUUUCAU